GCUGUUCAGCAUGCCUGAGCCAGCCAAGUCCGCCCCAGCCCCGAAGAAGGGCUCCAAGAAGGCGGUGACCAAGGCGCAGAAGAAGGACGGCAAGAAGCGCAAGCGCAGCCGCAAGGAGAGCUACUCGGUGUACGUGUACAAGGUGCUGAAGCAGGUCCACCCGGACACCGGCAUCUCGUCCAAGGCCAUGGGCAUCAUGAACUCGUUCGUCAACGACAUCUUUGAGCGCAUCGCGGGCGAGGCGUCGCGCCUGGCGCACUACAACAAGCGCUCGACCAUCACGUCCCGGGAGAUCCAGACGGCCGUGCGCCUGCUGCUUCCCGGGGAGCUGGCCAAGCACGCCGUGUCCGAGGGCACCAAGGCCGUCACCAAGUACACCAGCUCUAAAUUUCCGCCUCUCCCUCCCUGGGGCGGGACUUCCCGCCUACUUUCUUCACGUUCUCAAUUCGGUCCGCGAACUGAUGUAUAAAGGCCAGAGUCAGGGCCGGAUACAUACAAAGGAGAAGCAACUGAAUUGUUUCGCGAUG